AUGACGAUGUCACAGCCAGGUUCGGCGGAAAAGACCAUUCGCAAAAUUGAUAUUGCCCAAGUGUCCCUGAGUUUGCAGGAUCGGUUGGGUCUAGCAAAACUCAAGUACCAACAUGGCCGGCUUCAUGGUCUGAACUCCGUCUCUCCCUUGGACAGUGACAAACCCUCCGAUUCCUCCUCCGACUUCUCACGCAGCCGUUGCGAGACUCCCUUCACCUCGCCUCCCCUCCAAGCCGCUACCUACUCCAAGGAACUUCCUCGGUCGGCUCGCAACAAGCAUGCCGUGACUUUCAAUUCCAGGGUUAUGCAGCCCAUGCUGUCUGCCAGCCGCAAGCGAUUGCGAUCUGAUUCAGGCGCAGAACGACCAGCAAAGGUUCCACGAGUCUCUUGGAAAAGAUCAUACCAGCUUCCCGAAUCCUCCCCAGGUCUCAACCGACACCUCACAUCCCGACAGACUCAUGUGCCCUUCAUGUCCGAGGCUCCCAUUCCUGAGCUGUCAUCUCCAGUAUACCAUGGCCCAUCUGACGAGGAGAACGACCCCGAUCUCCCUUUGCAUAGCUUUCAGAAUGUGAGCUCCAUGGUAGGCUCCUCGCCUCCGCGAACCCCGCCUCCCAAGCAUGCCCGCCUGCCACGCAAUGAUCGGACAGCACAGCAUGAGGAUGGUGCCGAUUUACUGCUCUACCUCGCAAACUCUCCAACACCAGCUCGUGUCGCAGGGGGGGUCGCAAAACCAAGCCUUCCCGCCUUCAACUCCUCCCAGCCAACACGCUGCCCUGCCGUCGUUGACCCCGGGUCUCGGAACUCCUGGUCAACAAUUCAACUUUGCCGAUUUCGUGAAUGUGACCCCAAGUCCAGCCCAGCCAGCAUGGGGUGGCCGUACACCUGGCAACCCUGGUCGAACUCCCUUGUCUACCAAGGAUGCUCGCAAACGACUGAAUUUCGAUGCUCUCGUGCCUCCCAGCACCUCAAGCCCUAG